ACACGUUUCCAGCCUCUCUCCCUUUCACUGCCCGGGCUGUGUGUGCAAUUCCAUCCAAGGGGAAAGCAAGAUUAAAGGACGGAGUUCAAGAGCAGAGAAACUAAGAGCAACAAGUCCUGAGUGCAGAGCCCAGCAUUACAGACCAGGCAGGGUGGACUUCAGAACCAGAACAUUGAUCAGUCAGUCUGGAACUCAGAACCAGCACAUUGACCAGUCAGGGUGGACUUCAGAACCAGCACAUUGACCAGUCAGGGUGGACUUCAGAACCAGCACAUUGACCAGUCAGGGUGGUCCUCAGAACCAGCACAUUGACCAGUCAGUCUGGAAGUCAAAACCAGCACAUUGACCAGUGUGGACUUCCCAGCCAGCACAUUGACCUGCCAUUGUGAACUUCAGAACCAGCAAAUACACUGGACAGCAGAACCAGCACGAUACACUAUCUGCUCCGAAUUCAGAAUUAGAAUGUUGCAUACUGUUCUUUAAAACACAUUUGACUAAUUAAUAUUAGAUACAGGAUACAUUUUACAUCUUUAUUGUGCUGUACGAUCUCUUCUUCAGGAGUCUGAUAUCACCAGGUGAAUUAUCCUGCUGGAGUCUAUCAAUAAACAUUUGGAUCUGCGAGAAGAUAAAGGAUUGAUAACAAGGAAAGGAGAAUAAGAACACAGACGAGAUGUCGCCUAAAGAAGACAACAGGAGCGCGAUGAACACCUUUCAGAAGUAUGAUGGGGACAGAUCAAAAGAUAGAGCCAGCUGCUGGAGCAGGACCUUGCCUAGCAUGCUGGCCUUGGUGAUGUCCACCUUAUCUUUGGCAUCUUGUCUGUAUCUGAAUGUGAAGAGCAGCGAUUUACAGGGCAGGAUGUGGGCUGUAGAGCAUGCCAAGUCUGGAGAUCUUCCUUACCAUGUGCCAGGAUUAUCUGUGGACCAACUUAACUCUAUCGUCCAGGAGAAAGUGGAUCGUCUGCUGUCCCAGAGGUCAUACGAACACAUGGCAAAAAUCCGAAUCUCAAGAGAUGCGCCGGCAGAAUGCAACUGUCCAGCAGGACCUCCAGGACAACGAGGAAAAAGGGGUAGACGAGGUGAACCUGGACCCCCUGGACAGCCUGGACCUCAAAAUCUCCCUCUUCAGAUAAAUAUGAAGGAGCUGAGAAGCUCUGCAAAAGUCAUACAAACACCACCUGAACGAACAGAAACAAAAGAUGAUUGUGUUCUGGAACUCUUUGUGGCUGUAAGAACGCACUAUAUUCACAUGUCUCUGUUGAACAACGAUGGGGGUCCUCCUGGUCCAAAGGGUGAAAAGGGAGAUCAAGGUGAUCAGGGCCCUCGGAUGGUGUUUCCUAAGAUCAAUCAUGGCUUUCUCUCUGCUGAUCAGCAGCUCAUAAAACGCCGCCUGAUUAAGGGUGAUCAAGGACAAGCAGGACCACCUGGUCCACCAGGUCCUCCUGGCCCACCAGGGCCCAGAGGUCCUCCCGGCGAUACUGGUAAAGAUGGCCCAAGAGGACUAUCAGGGAUGCCAGGAGAGCCAGGAAAACCAGGCGAACAGGGCUUAAUGGGUCCAAUGGGGCCUCCUGGACCAAAGGGUUCCACUGGUGUACCUGGGGUUCCGGGGCUAGACGGACAAAAGGGAGAUCAAGGAGAAGUUGGAGCCCCUGGUUUAUAUGGUGACCCUGGCAUGAAGGGUGAACCUGGAGAACACGGAGAGAAGGGUGAUACUGGUGAAGGUGGCCCAAAAGGUGAACCAGGAAGCAAGGGUGAUCCAGGAUCUUCUGCUGCUGGGAUCAAGGGGGAGCCUGGAGAGUCAGGUCGACCAGGACAGAAGGGUGAACCAGGGCUACCUGGGCUUCCUGGACUACCUGGAAUAAAGGGAGAGCCUGGCUUUUUGGGACCUCAGGGAGAACCUGGUUUACCAGGAUUACCAGGAACUAAGGGGGAGCGAGGAGAAAUAGGACCCCCUGGAAGAGGUGAGAGAGGUGUUCCUGGAUCACCUGGUCAAAAGGGGGAACCAGGUGAAUCUGGAACCAGGGGCUCAAAAGGGUCAAAGGGAGAUUCUGGAAGCAAAGGAGAAGCUGGUCCCAUUGGUCCUCGAGGACCCCCAGGACAAAAGGGUGAUCAAGGGGCAACAGAGAUAAUCGAUUACAAUGGAAAUAUUCAAGAAGCUUUGCAGAGGAUUACCGCCAUUACUGUUACGGGACCACCUGGACCACCCGGCCUACCUGGCUUACCAGGAUCAAAGGGUGAGCUAGGCCCUGUUGGUCCUCCAGGAAUUGAUGGGGAGCAGGGUCCUAAAGGUUCAAAAGGAGAUCACGGUAAUGCUGGCAUGCCCGGAGAGAAAGGAGGGAUUGGACUUCCAGGUUUGCCUGGUGCAAAUGGGAUGAAAGGAGAAAAGGGAGACCAUGGGUCACCUGGACCACACGGAGCUUCUAUUAUAGGACCUCCAGGUCCAGCAGGGCCUCAUGGUCCUCCAGGCCCCAUGGGACCGCAUGGACCAUCUGGAUCAAAGGGUGAACCAGGGUUAAAUGGUCUUAAAGGAUUGAGGGGUGAGCCAGGUCAAAAGGGUGACAGAGGACCACUGGGUCUUCCAGGAGCAUCUGGCUUAGACGGAAAGCCAGGACCCAGGGGAACAGAUGGCCCAAUAGGUCCUCCUGGUCCAGCAGGUCCCAAAGGAGACAGAGGCGAGAAAGGAACCGUUGGUGAUCCAGGACCAAGAGGCCCUUAUGGUUUACCUGGCAAAGAUGGCGAGCCUGGGCUAGAUGGUUUCCCAGGUCCUCGAGGAGAGAAAGGUGACCCCGGAGAAAGGGGAGAAAAGGGGGAAAAGGGAAAGAAAGGCAAAAAAGGGCCUAAAGGGGAGAAAGGAGAACAGGGUGCCCCUGGAUUAGAUGCACCCUGUCCAUUGGGACCAGAUGGACUUCCGAUGCCUGGUUGUUGGCAAAAGUGAUGAAUCUAACCAUACAAGCAUGAAGUUGUAAAUACUUAUCCAAAUUUUGUAUUUAUGGUAGAGAACUGAAAAGAAUGAUUUGAACAGAAAUGUUUACACGUAACGUCUACUUGUUUAUGAAUAUAUCUUUCAUUCGCUUGCACAAGCAGUUAUCAACGCUGCUGCUGAAACCUGCAAAACUAUGGGAACAACCUUUCAUACCUUUAACACGACUGCUUUGUGUAAAGACUAUUAUGCCAAGCCCCCAAUUACACGGACUAGUUACAUUUACAACCAAAUACGGCUAUACCAAUACUGACUAUUUUUGGAGCCUACUCCACGCUAACUUCCAUUUGUGUGCCAAAUCUCAGAUUCGCUGGUUUGUGUCGUCAUAGCUGUUUGUACAGACUAAUGAUAUGCAUGACCUGUGUCUCGCCGCUUGCCGUGUGAUUUUAAAAUCACGUGUGAUAUGCUUGCUGUUGCUACUUACCCACCUUCUCCUUAUUAUGCUCCUUUUGUUCCUUCCAAGGGAGUGACACCAUGGCUUGUGGCCAAAAAGAGAUAGAACGGCAUUAACAGAGAAUCAACAAAUGCUGUUACAGUUUUGAGACAUAUGGCCAACGUUGUUGGUCUUUAGUCUCCUGCUUGAUAAGCCAUUCUGCAGAUGAGGCUUAUUGGUCUUGAUUGCCUUCAGCAUUUUUUUGGUGGUACACAAGGCCACCAGGAAGUGGAAGAUGGACAUGUUUUGAAUAUACAAUAUGUCAGAGAUACAGUAACGUUUGGAGGUGGCUAAUGAAAAAUACAAGCGAGCCGUGGUGUACUGUGGACAUGCAGAUGGUUCCAGCAUCCACUGAUGAACAUCUGAAACUAAUGUGCGGAGCAGUGGCUUCUUAUUUCUAAUUCUAAUUUUAAAGAAACUAUGGGUUCUCCAUGAAAAAAUACUCCUCACAGAAUAGGAAAAGCAAACGUAGGACAUUUCUUUUAUGUAUGUUUUAGCUAAUUCAGCCAACGACAAAAAAAAAGAAAAAAAAAAGCACCAGUUUCUGAUCGUACCCAGCACGGUCUUGGUAAACAUUGUACUUAUUCCUGUUAAUAUGUUAUUGUUCUAAGGUGUUUUGUAAUAGUCUUGAAGAACUGUGUAACAAUUGUUUGAAAGCCUAGCCGCAGUAAUCUAGCAGAAUGCCAAAGUGUUGUGUUCUUUUCUAUUGCGUAGCAAGUUGACGAGGUUGGUCAUGAAACCCUUUCCACCUUUUUAACAGGCCUUUCAACAAAAAAUAUCACAGCAUGCAACAGUCCACGCAAACGGGAAAACUUCCUCAUAGCUCUCAGCUUACAUGGUGCACCUGUGCUUUUUUCCUCAUUUAAUAUUCAUUUGAAAUCCUUGAGUACCGUGAGCUGUUAAACUUCACAGCUGCUGUUCUUGAAGUCCUCUUUGUGCAGGAAUACCAAAACACACUGUUCUAGCUGUUUGGUUAGUGUUUGAGGUCUUGUUGUUUUUCCUUUUCUUUAUAUUUACCUUUGUAUAAGCCAUUUAGGAGACUGAAAGGCCAUUCAAAAAAACCCGGGAGAAUGUUUUCUGGUUAUGAUGACACAUUUUUUCCUUAAAGCACCCAUUCCUUGAGUUGCCGCAGGUAUCACGCAUUACAGCGUUGGCGAUAUAGUCAUAGGUCCUUUUAAUAGCACGCUGGAUCUCCUGAUCGAUCUUGGUAGACAGCUUGGCUUCUGUUCACUUAAAAAGCACAGCUGGUUUCAAUAGAAAACAGAUGUGUAGCAAAACCUUAAGCCAGAGUCUAAAAUUCUAUAAAGGCUUCUCAAUAAAAUUGCAGCUAAUGUUGGAAUAAAAAAAACAUGCCAGACUCGGCCGCACCCGCUUCAUACUUCCCUCACGGUGUGUUUGUCUCCAGCCGGAGACGGCAUCUGUAUGAAGAGCGAAGAAAAACAAGGCACAUCUGGUUAGGAGAUUUCCUGUGGGCGGCCUAAAUCAUAUUAAACUUCAGACCAAACAGAUGUGCUUCAACUAGAAGUAUACAUAGAUAUAGAUAUAUACACGGGCAGAAAAAAGUGAAAUGUUUAAAAGUUUACAAAAAUAAGCUAGAAAAAAUCAUGCUGAAUAUUAAUUGUAAAUUUCCCAAUAUUUGUUCACACUUUGGCCAACGACAGCUGUCUAUUGAAAAAAGAAAAAAAAUAUAUAUAAUGGGCGGCCAUCCGUUUUUAUACAAAAA